GAUAUAGAUUAAGGGCGCGCGCGCUGCGUCCUCUUUCGUUUUUUUUUUUCUUCUUUCUCUUUCUAUUUGUUCGCUUCUUCUUGCGCGUUUUUAUCGUUCCGCUGUUUUAUCCGGGGCCUGGGCUGUUAAAUAAAUUAAAGGAUGCGCUGAUCGCGGAGCGAGCGAUGAACAUGUUCCAGAACACCGCGCUGCACUUCCUCGCCCAUCCGGAGAAGAUGCUGAAGAGUCUCAAUCACCAUCACCAUCAUCACCAUCACCAUAACAACAAUAGCAGCAGCAUCAUCAAUAACAACGCGUCGCCGUUCUCGAUGGAAAGUCUGCUGUCCUCGAGGGAGAAGUUGUCGCCGGAGAUCGGCGAGAAGGAAUCCGAUGGGGAGUUCAAGAAGUCAGAUAACAACAGCGAGAGCGACAGGACGUCGCCGGAUCGGCAGAUCGCGAGUUCUGCAGGACUUCAGCAGCAGCAGCAGUUGAUGGCGUCCAGUAAGGAUGAUGUCCUGGCGCGCUUCAACAGCUGCUUCAAGAACAGGAUAUGCUCGAACUGCGGACGUUUGGACUGCAACCUCAUACAGUGCCGUCUCGGCACGGAGAACAUCAUCAAGGACACGAAGCCAGUGCUCAAGUUCAGUGUUAGUGCAAUCCUAGGGAAUGAAUACCACCAGCAGAACAAUAACAGGCAUUCCAUACAUACAGAUUCAAUUGUUCAGGUGACACCUCCGAACCUGCUGAGCCUAGGCUCGUACCUGGGGGGAGGACAUGUGCCUGGAGGUGGAGGUGGUGGAGGCGGCAUUGCCAAACCUGUCGCCAGUCGGCCGCCCCAUUUCAACCCACAUCUGCUGCUCGCCCACUGCCGGCCGCAGCCCUAUCUCACAGUGUCGACGCCGGCGUCGGGAACGCAGUCGGCGGUGUUUCCGCUUCCGGGGACGUUUCCGUGGGCGCACAGCGGAAGAGGAAAACCGAGGCGCGGUAUGAUGCGGAGAGCGGUCUUCAGCGAUCUGCAGAGGAAGGGCCUCGAGAGGCGAUUCCAGAUCCAGAAGUACAUCAGCAAGCCGGACAGGAAGAAGCUCGCAGAGAAGCUGGGACUUAAAGACAGUCAGGUGAAGAUCUGGUUCCAAAACAGACGGAUGAAGUGGAGGAAUUCGAAGGAACGAGAGCUUCUGGCCGCAGGUGGAUCGCGCGAGCAGACGCUUCCCAACAAGAACAACCCGCAUCCGGAUCUGAGCGACGCCGACGCCGACAAGAGCAAGCUCGAUCUGACGGACGUCGGUGACAUCUCGCCGGUGGGAUCACCGGUUGCGGCCGCCGUCGCCGCCGAACUGCAGCAUCCCAGGCACCGCGACGCCGAUCAGGUGUAUCCUACAGAUUACGCUUCUGCAGCAGCAGCCAAUUACCACCUGUACGAGAGCAUGGAUUACGACAGUUCGAACGAUAGCGAAGAGGAGAUCAACGUCACGUGAUUGAUCUGCACGGCGUAAAGAUCUUGUUUAUUAUUUUUCUUCAUUAUUUUCUGUAUUAUAUAACGUA